AUGCACAGAUGUCUCCUCAUUCUAGAGGUCCUCUCUGAGAUCUGCUCACAUCUUAGUCUUCAAGGCGAAGACUCCUCUCUCGUAUCGUUCGCCCGAACGUGUCAGGCCCUUCACGGUCCCGCGCUCAACCAGCUAUGGAGUUGUCUUACCGAUUUCACGCCCCUCGUCAAGUGUCUUCCGGAGGAUGUUUGGAGAGAGACGGCACAUGGGAGUAAGAAAGUGCUCAGCAUAAAACGCUCGUUGCGCGUCGCAGACUGGGAGCGCUUCCGAGUGUACUCAACACGCGUUCAUCACCUCUGCCAUAGCCAAAAUAACCUCCCAUCUAUAACUCAGGUUCCGUCAUCUGUCUUUGUUGCUCUCAGCUCUCCAACCCUCGCAGGCCCACUAUUUCCCAACUUGCGGUGUCUACACUGGGAUGAUGGAAGUGAGGACGCAUUCAGGUUCUUGAACGUCGCCAUAGGCGAGAAGAUACAUCAUGUCGAUAUCGUGCUCCCCCAUCCAAUCAAAGCUCGGCAGUUGUACGAAUCCAACACUCCUGCCAAUCGUUUCCUGCCGACGCUCGUGCACUGUGCAGGGAUCAAAUGUUUGGAUAUCAAGUUUACGUCGUCUGUUCCCGAGGUUAUCCAGAGAGCCUACUGUGACGCAGUUUCCGACGUCGUCCUCCAGAUGAAUCAUCUUGUUUCCUUGACUUGUGGUUAUCUCACACACGACGCUCUGGUUCAUCUCGGGAGCCUCGCAUCGCUGCGCUCGCUAUCGUUCACUCUGUCCCCCGGUCAACCUCUUGCAGAUUUGACCAUGCUUCGCGACGGUUUAUUUCAGAAUCUUGACACAAUUACCGUUCAAUCCUUCUCCAAUCUUGAAGAAUCAUCUGCAUUUCUAAACGUACUGGCCAAACGUCCUAAGGAGCUGUUGUUCACAGCGCCAAAAAUUGGGCAUUCUGAGCUAGUUGGCUUGAUUGGCAAGCUGACGGCAGGCGGUGAAGCCGAUAACCCCAACGAGGCUGCAGACAUCCCCGAGUGCACAACACUUGUUUUCGCUGCAGAUGAUGCCCAGGACGAGGAAGACGAACUUAUACCGCCCCAUUUUUACGAAGACAGCUUCCUCAAGCUCAGCGAUCUUAUACCUCUGUUCAAGUUUCGCUCCUUGCAGAACCUUGCCAUCGAAGGCUCCAUGCCCGUAUCUCUAACUGACUCAGAAGUCGCUGACCUGGCCUCUGCGUGGCCGAACAUAAUCACGUUGAACAUCGGCGGCAAGUGA